AGUUACGAGAGGAAUUUAAACAGUAUUUUAUAGUACUUUGUGAAAUUCUGGAGUAUUACGUCCGAAAAAAUGUUGCGUUACUCCCUUAUAUUGUUAUUAGUAAAUGUUUACGGUCGUAGUUUGGGAGGACCUGUACCAAAGCAAACCAGUAACGGUAAAAUAUUGAUAAGUAACCUGCUGAAUGACCUUAGCAAACAAUGCAAAAACGAGUUCGUACUGAGCCAAAUUGAGAGCAAAAACAUCACAUGCGAUUUAGAAAUGAACUAUCACAUUGAUGAUUUACAAUGUUUGAUGUUUUAUGACGCUAACCGUCUCCUGUGUAACCUUACCGCACUGAGUACUGCUAACCUCGCAACAGAUUUUAAGGCUAAAAUUAACGAAAAACAAACCGUCUCCGCUUUCUGCAGCGAAGCUUUGCAUUUCACCAUUCCUUCAACAUCCUACCAAGGUAUGCUUACUAUGGUGUUCCAAAGUUCCGAUGACUGUAAAAGAGUUUGCACUGAUGAUGACAUAAGAACUGGUGAUACACACUUCUUCUGCAAGUAUUACAAGUGGUCAUUGUUGAAUCUCCAAGUACCACAGAGCUUUGUUCAGGGAUCUGUACCUACUGAUUCUGCUGGUUCAGGACCACCAGGUGAUUUACACAAAAAUGAUGCAACAGCAAUUCAGGGAAUUCAACAGCCAGGUGGACAAGUUAAAAAGACUUCAGAUACUGUAGAUACUAAUACACAGUUGGUAAAAGCUGGAGACACAAAUCAACACACAUCGGAAGUGGCCAAACCAGAGUCCUCUUCGGCAAUACUGUUGACUGUUUCACAAAAUCCAGGAAGUCUUAAUUUUCCAAGUAACGAAGACAGUAAUAGGAAGACCACUCAAAAACCUGUAGUUAAUGAAGAUACUGCAGACAAAGCAGGAGACGCAGAUCCUGGUGACUCGGUUGUGGAACCAAUUGAUGCUGGAAAUGAAGGUGGCAUUGAUAAUCCUGGAGAGAUUAAGGAUCCGGAUGUUUCAAUGCAACAAAUUGAGACCCCUAAACAUAAGAUAGUUUUGGAAAAUGAAGAUACUGAUGAUACUGGAAUGGACAUGGAUGAUGAUGGAAAAGACGCCAGUGAUGACGGAGAUGACACAAUUGUUGGAGAUUUGGAAGUGAAACAAGAACAAGAAGCUAGCUCACAUAAAAGAAUCGAAACCCAGGUGUCCUUGAGUGGAGACGGGGCGCAAAGGGAGUUUUUCCAAAAUCCUGAUGGGUUUACAGAAGAUGAUGACCAUUUCUUCCCCUUCUUCUUGACCGCCGUGAUAGUCGUUGUAGUGUUGUACGUCUUGUACCACAAUAAGAACAAAGUAGGAAAAAUGUUCUUCGGUCUAAUAGUGGAGGGUCGGCAGCCGGGCCGCCGCCGCAACAGCCGCGGACACGCCUACCGCCGCCUCGACACCCUGGAGCAGGCUAUGGGCGCCAACACUCCUGCGCCGCCCAGCAAGAUCAUCUACUGAACCCACUAGUCUCCUUGUAAGGUGUGAGUAGGUAUACAUUGACGUACUACCCGUGGUA